UGUCAUUGUUUGACAACAUUCAAUUUUUUGUCUCAUUGUCUGUGAAAACACUCUCAACCCUAGUAGUGUGUCCCUCUCUUUCUACAACUCAGCCACCACACACCCACCGCUGUAUAUCUCCGCCGUAAUUUCCCCCAAAAAUCUCUUAAUUCAAAUACAUAAAUUAUAUAUAUAUAUACAGACUUGUGUGUGUAUAUAUAUAAAAGUGAAGUUUGUGACCAUUAUGGCGGAAAAUGAGACUAGUAUAGAUGAUCAGAAGGAGGUUACUGAACCUCUUAAGUCCCCCUGGAAAACUCCGGCGCCGGCGUCCGAUACGCCUUCUUCACCGGCGACGGUGAAUAAUGAUUCUGAUUCGUGGCCGGCAUUAUCUGAUGCUCAACAAAUGCUUAAAACUAAUGAUUCUACUUCCGCCGUUAAGUCGCCCUCAGACACUGAUAGCCGCAAUGCUGCAUCCGAUAAGGUCCGAGGUGAGCAGCUAAAGUUCCAUGGAUCUUCUAGUGCGAAAUCGUCAAAUAAGUCAUCAUCCGCAGUUCAACAAAGAGCAGGCCUCAGGCACAACCAAAAUGGUGUGCCAUCAUUUCCUGUACCCUUGGCUUACCACCAACCAGGAUUCCCUCCUUUUUAUCAAGGUAUGGUACCUAUGCCACAUAUUCCUCUUCCAGGGUAUGCAUAUCAGCCCCCUCGAGGGUCUUUCCCAGGAGCCGAAGGUCACGUUGCUAGGUCCGAUGGUGAUGCUGCAGCUCAAGCUUUUGUACCCCCUAUAAAUGGUGGGUUUCAUCCCCCGUCACGAGGGGAUCCAAAUAACCAUGAUGCCAAAUUCUACAGAGGAAGACCUAAUACACAAGAACGUGGUAGCCAGUUCAGUUCAGCCUUGCCUAAUCAGCGGCCUGUAGGUUCUAAAGAUGACAUUCAGUUACAACAAAGUAUGGGGCUAAGGCCUUUCCCGAGGCCUCCUUUUUUCGGUCCAGCUCCAGGUUACAUGGAUGGCACAAAUUUUCCCGGUCCUCCAGGAGCUAUAUAUUUUCUUCCUCCCCCUCCUGUCUCUGUAAGAGUGCCUUACCCACCUUUCCUUGUCCCACAUCCUGUCAGUUCUGGGGCCUCUACGCCACCAUCACCUGCAUUACCUUUGAGAGAGAGCAUAAUGAAGCAAAUUGAGUACUAUUUCAGUGAUCAGAAUUUGCAGAAUGAUCAGUACUUGCUUUCCUUAAUGGAUGAUCAAGGUUGGGUUCCAGUCUCUAUUAUUGCCGACUUCAAAAGGGUUAAAAGAAUGAGUACAGAUACAUCAUUUAUCAUUGAUGCAUUGCAGGCUUCAAGCACUGUUGAAGUAAAGGGAGACAAGUUGAGAAGGCGUGAUGAAUGGUCAAAGUGGGUUUCAGGUUACGCUGAUCAGAAAUCAUCCCCUUUGACUCCAUCGGAACACCCAGUGGGGAAGGUUAUAAAGAAUGAUGAGGUCAAUGAAAAUAAAGAGGAUGGAAAUCAAAUCACAUUUUCCCAAGAAAAUGGUGUAGGUGAGCUGGCAUCAUCAGAGAAACAGGCUAAAAAAAUAUCAUUUUUUAGUAAAGCAGAAACCAGUAGGAAAAAAUCUGGGUUCCAUGGUUCAACUCACAGAGUUGACAAAGGAAGUGGUGAUGCAAGAAAGGUUAUGGCAUCAGAUGUUGUAGAACAGAAUGUAGACGACUUAUCUAAUGAUUUCUCGAGCACAUUCAUGCUUGAUGAAGAGAUGGAGCUUGAACAUAAAAAGGGCCAGCUCUCUUUGAGUGGAAGAGUUGAUGAGGAAGAUGAUGAGAUGGACGUUAAUGAUGAGGCUAUUGAGAAACUUGUCAUUGUAACUCGGAACACUCGGACAUCUCAGGUAUCUGGAACUGCUGGAAAAGAAUCAAAACCAAUAUCUACUGAGCUUGCUUCUGCAAUAAAUGAUGGCCUCUACUUCUACGAGCAGGAGCUUAAAGCUACGCGAUCCAGUCGUAGAACUAACAAUUCCAGUAAUGACUCUAGAGAUGAGAUUACCAGAUCUUCUGGUACUGUUGCUUCUUUAUCAAAAUCAAAGUAUGCUGAUCAUUCUUCUGGAGGAAAAAACACUGAAGGCCCUGGAAAUUCUAACUCUCGGAGAAAGCAAAACAAAGGAUUUUCUAAACCGCAUCCAAUACAUAAGCAGCGGCUGUUUUCUGUAAAUUACCGGAAUCAUGGGGUUUCACGGAAUACUGUAGGAACAGUAUCUGAAAGUCCACCUAGCGAUUCAGUUGGAUUUUUCUUUGGUUCUACACCUCCCGACAGUCAUGUGUCAAGGCCUUCAAAGUUGAGUGCCUCUCCGCAUAGCAAUCUUGCUAGUAGUAGUCCGCCUGUGGGUUCCAUGCCGAAACCGUUUCCACCCUUCCAGCAUCCAAGUCACAAGCUUCUACAAGAAAAUGGUUUUACACAACAGCUGUACAAGAAGUAUCAUAAGCGUUGUCUGAAUGAUCGCAAGAAACUUGGAAUUGGUUGCAGUGAGGAAAUGAAUACAUUGUACAGGUUUUGGUCGUAUUUUCUGCGGAACAUGUUUAUACGUUCUAUGUACAAUGAGUUCCAAAAGAUGGCUCAAGAAGAUGCAGCGGCUAAUUAUAACUAUGGGAUGGAGUGUCUGUUUAGAUUUUAUAGUUAUGGUUUGGAAAAGGAAUUUAGAGAGGACCUUUAUGACGACUUCGAGAGAUUGACGCUUGACACUUACAAUACGGGAAACCUUUAUGGCCUUGAGAAGUACUGGGCCUUUCACCAUUUUCGUCAGCAACGAGGUCAGAGGGCGCCUCUAAAGAAGCGUCCAGAACUAGAUAGAUUACUCAGAGAAGAGUUCCGAAGUUUGGAUGACUUCAAACAUGCUAGAGGCGGGGCCAGUGCAAGCACAAAGGAGGACGGUCACUAGCCAACGUGUGAUUCUCAGCUUAGUCUGCAGCAAAUUUUGAAGCCUUACGUGUGAUUUUCAGCUUAGUCUGCAGCAAAUUUUGAAGCCUUACAGUCCAUACAAUGAGCUCAAGUUGCUGAAUUACCUUUCUGGGUUGAUCAAGGCCAAAUUUUGUAUAUAGUGCUUCUGUGAGGUUAUUUUUACCUCCGAAGUUGAGCGAAAUUUUUUCCCAUGAGGGGUUACCUUAUGGCCUUUUCUUGUACUUCCAUCUUAGGAUUGUAAGGUGUACAUAUAGGAAGAAUCUGGAACCAAAAAAUAAAAAAAAAAAACAAAAAAUCAGAAAUCAAAAAAAUAAAAAGACGAGAGUUUUAACUUGGA